AAUUUGUAACGUCGCGUUAAAUACGGAGUACUUUGAGGACACUGCGUACCUCCUCUAUCACAAAUGAACUACAACUCCCGUGAGGCACAGCGCGAGAAGGGAAGCGAGCGUAAUCUCAGACGUGACGUGUGUCCUCCCGGAGCAGGAGUGUGUGUGGCAGCAGCGGCAGAUCUGCAGGAAACAUUGGCCCGCCGGUUCCGCGCAGAUAUGCCCCGAUCAGAAACCUGCAGCCUCGUUAAGUGACACUUUUACCGCCGAGUGUGCUGCAGCCGGGACCGACCAUGGGGACCGCGUUCGCCGUAGUUCUGGUGUUUGUCGGAUGCUGCAGCAAUGUGGUGUCUCUGGAGCUGCUCGUAAGAGAGUUUCCAGGAUGUGGCAACAUCGUCACCUUCGCUCAGUUUCUGUUCAUCGCGUUAGAAGGUUUCAUCUUUGAAACGAACUUUGGGAGGAAGAAACCAGCAAUACCUUUAAGGAACUAUGUGAUCAUGGUGACCAUGUUCUUCACAGUCAGCGUGAUCAACAACUACGCUCUCAACUUCAACAUCGCCAUGCCGUUACACAUGAUCUUCAGAUCAGGGUCGCUAAUCGCCAACAUGAUCCUGGGAAUAAUCAUCCUGAAGAAAAGGUAUACAGCAAGUAAAUAUCUGUCUAUAGCUUUAGUGUCAGCUGGUAUCUUCAUCUGCACCAUCAUGUCUGCCAAACAAGUGAAUGUGGCCAAUGAGGGAUCAGAAGAAGAAGGCCUUUUUGCCUUCAUGCACUGGCUUAUAGGUAUUGCCAUGUUGACCUUUGCUCUCCUGAUGUCGGCGAGGAUGGGCAUUUUUCAGGAGACGCUGUACAAACAGUAUGGAAAACACUCCAAAGAGGCCCUCUUCUAUAAUCACUGCCUACCUCUGCCAGGCUUCCUGCUUCUCUCCACAAACAUCUACAACCACUGUCUCCACUUCAAUCAAAGCUCUCCUGUAGUUGUUCCCGGAGUUGGACUGACGGUGCCGAUAAUGUGGAUCUACCUGCUGGUCAACGUCGUCACACAAUACGUGUGCAUCCGCGGCGUGUUCAUCCUGACCACAGAGUGCGCCUCGCUGACGGUCACUCUGGUGGUGACUCUGAGAAAGUUCCUCAGCCUCAUCUUCUCCAUCCUUUACUUCCAAAACCCCUUCACGACCUGGCACUGGGUGGGCACGGCCGUGGUCUUCCUGGGAACUCUGCUGUACACGGAGGUGUGGAGCAGCGUGCAGGCGGCCCUGCGAGGACCUGAAGUCAAGGAGAAGAAGGCAGAGUGAAAAAGAAGAGGAGGAACAAGACGAAGACAGGACUGGUGGUCGAAUAGAAAAACAGCCACUGUGUUGGACUUAGAAAUUGUUUUUGUUCGACUGUCCUGCACUGAUUUUAUACAGUUUGUUUUCAUACUUGAUCGCACAUCAUAGGCCAUAGUAAAAACCCGCUCACCGCACACAACAGUUUAAAGGAGAAAGCUGCUGCUGAUAUUCUACAUUUUAGUUAUUGUCAAUAAAUCCCAGGAAAAGACCAAAAAUGAGCAAUGUGUUAUCUAAAUCAUAUCAUAACCCUGUCUGUGUCACCAAAAGACCAGCUACAAUUCGUCUUUAUUAAUAAAAAAAAAUCGUAUGACUGAUGAACCAGCAGAAAAAUAUCACCUGACUCUGUAGCUCCUCUCAGCUCCAUGCAGCUUUAUAGCGUCUUUCAGCUCAUUAUUUCACCCAUUGCGCUGCAACUUUAGUGUUUUGGUUCGCUCUCAUAGCGUCGACUUCAGCUGCUGUUUGUUGAGGAAAGGUUAUGUGUGUGUAUAUGUGGAGCAGCUACUCAGGAGUCGGUGGAGACAAAAACUAAAAGAGAGAAAACAUUGCGUCUAAAUUCAUCAAUAACAAGUUCAACUUUAAUGUGUAGAGCUGCAACAGUUAAUCGAUUAAUUGCCACAAAAUGAAUCAGCAACUCAAUCCAUCCAUUAUCUGUAACUAUAGUGGGGCUGGAGCUUCUCCCAGCUUCUCCCUGCUUAUCGCAACAACCAUUCACACUCACAUUCACACCUAUGGACAAGGAGUAGAUAGUACAUUUAUAGGGGACUAUUUUCAGCUGUGGAUUAAUACACAGUUGGUGUAGUAAUGUCUGUCUGUAGCAGCAGGACUGAGUUAAAAUAAACUGCAGGGCCUCGUUCAUCCUCAUAGCUCUGUAACACAGAAGAGCAGCUUGUUAUUGGAUCAUUUCAUGUUGAUUAUAUAAAAUAUAGAAUAUCACCAGCACUGUUCUUUAUUGUUAGUACCUCACAAGUUGAAUGAAGUUUAUUUCUCUGUAAUGUUGUUUUGAAUAUUUAUUUUCUGAACACGACAGAUCAUUUACCCCACAUUAGUGUUAUAACGUGCGUCAGUGGGAUUACACUGAUCAUAUAAUUCAUGCAUUAUUUAGACUGAACAUACAGAGCAUUGAUCUGUGGAGAUUAUGUGGUAGUUUCUGUAUUUUUCAGUGUGUCUCAGGUGUGUUGGACCAGUUUUUAUCAACAGGACACAUUGUACAAUAAAUGUUUACACUCCAUUAAAGUCAGAUUCAAUUAAA